CGUAUCGUCACGUGAUCGUGUACAGUGCGGAUUGCAUCAUCAUAAUAACCAGAAAGAUACGGAGGAGUCUGCGAUUUGUUUGUAAAGGAGCAGGAAGCAGACAUGUCGUAUCAACCCAGUGGACAACCUGGUUAUCCACCACCAUACUCUGCACAACCAGGUUACCCUCCAUCAGGUCAACCUGGGUUUCAGCCUCCCGGUGGCUACCAACCUCCACCAGGUGGGUACCAGCCAGGUCCUGGUGGAUAUCAACCUGGCGGAUAUCAGCCUGGUGGAUACCAGCCUAGUCCUGGUGGGUACCAACCACAGGGGUAUCAGCCUCCAAUGGGGUACCCUCAGCCCACAGGGUACCCUUCUCCAGGACAACCCUACAGCCAGCCAAUUGCACAACAACCAGUCAGUGGUGGUGGAGCACCAGGCGACUGGAUGAAUAUGCCACAAGGCAAUCCCAAUGUACCGCCAGGCCUCGAGUACCUUACACUCAUUGACCAGUUGCUUGUGCAUCAAAAAGUUGAACUACUGGAAGCAUUGACUGGAUUUGAGACAAAAAACAAGUUCACUAUAAAGAACAGUGUUGGCCAGAAAGUAUAUUAUGCUGUGGAGGAUUCCGAUUGCCUGACUCGCAAUUGUUGUGGUCCUCUGAGGCCAUUUGAUAUGAAGAUACUGGAUAAUUUUAGAAAUGAAGUGAUUCAUUUGAAUCGUCCUUUGGCAUGUGAUACAUGUUGGUUUCCAUGCUGUCUUCAAAGCAUGGAAGUAUCAUCACCUCCAGGAACUACUGUUGGAUAUAUUCAGCAAGAAUGGAGCAUUCUGUCACCUCAGUUUAGCAUAAAGAAUGCAGCUGGUGAUGUUGUGCUGAGGAUUGAAGGCCCAAUUUGCACAUACAGUAUUUGUGGUGAUGUAGAAUUUAAGAUUCUAUCCAAGGAUGGCAGCUCACAAGUGGGAAAAAUAUCGAAACAAUGGUCAGGUCUUUUGAGAGAGGCAUUCACAGAUGCUGAUUACUUUGGAAUUACAUUUCCAAUGGAUCUUGAUGUGAAAAUGAAGGCUGUGAUGUUGGGAGCAUGCUUUUUGAUUGAUUACAUGUUCUUUGAAAAAUCUGGCAAUGCUGAACAAGAUGGCAUUGGAAUGUUUUAAAAUAUGCACCAUAUUAUAUUGUUUACUAAAGCUAACAGAAUGUUUAACAUGAAGUAAGGAAUAUUGUAUUCAUACUUACCCAGUAACACAUUCGUUUGACAUCACAACAGUUUCCUCAUCAGCUUUCAAUAUUUGUGUCAAGGAGUUUGUUAAUGUUGGAGUAAGUUCAGUGACAUCUAUAAAUAUCUCAUUCAGCCAUAGCACUUGUUGAUAAAUGAAUGAUAUUGAUGUACAGUGAAUUUACUCGAACAGGUGAUCAUUUUUGUAGUGCGUGAAAUGUUUUAUGUGUGGAGAGUGACACCUGUCCCUAAAACAACAGAAAUUAUAUGUAUAACCUCUUUUCUGUGUCUUGAUUGUGGUGUUGUAGAUACAUCCCUGAUCCUUCAAAUGCAAUCCAUGCUGUGAGUGGAUGCAAGUUUAUCUAUACCCUGUCUUGAUUGUGGUGUUGUAGAUACAUCCCUGAUCCUUCAAAUGCAAUCCAUGCUGUGAAUGGAUGCAAGUUUGUCUAUACCAAAGAUAUUGGAACUGAAUAUGUACUUACACUAUCUGUGAUUCACCACAUUCUCAGUAGGAGACAUAUUUGCUGUUUUAAGUUCAACAAAAUACUUGCAUAAUUCUUGAAAUUUACUUUGUAUAAAUGCAUGCAACACAGAAUAUUUGUCCUGAUACAGGAUGUACUGUAAUAUUGUCACUACAGGUAUAUUUCUUGGUAUUGCUUUAAUAUCAGUACCUAAGAGCCCCAUAGUUUUAAUAUGUGGGGCAGCACCAUAAGUUUUGAAGCAUGUAUGCUUUAAGGAAAUGAAUUUUGAGAAGGAUCCAUUGCACUGAGUGUUGAUCUAUUCCACUGAAACAUGAAAUCAAUACAUUUAUGGAAGUUUAUCACAACUAAUAGAAGUUCAAUGCUGCUGAUCACUUAUCUGCUGCAGCAUGAAACAAGCAUUUAUUUAAACAUGUCCAAAAAGUUUGUGAAUGCUAAUAUAACAAACGCAAAAUAUUGCAAUUCUGAAUAUCUUUUCCUGACUGCAGUGAAAGCUGGUUUGUACAUAUUAUUUUGUAGAUUGCUCAUAUAACCUAUCCUGGUAGUUCAAUAAAAAAUGAAGGGCAUUUGAAGUGUGUUUCUGAUUGUUUCAUUCAAUUUGAAGACAAAUGUUUUAGAAAUAAGAAAAUAUUGUAUAUGUGGAGAUGUUACUAGAGUACUGCUAAUUAUGUUAUGCAAGUUGUGGGUUCUGCUUGUAGUAUUGGAAUACAAAUUUCCCUUUCUUAUGAUGUUUGUCUUCAGUCAGACAGUACUGAUAGUUUUAUUGGUUGAGAGUCACUGAUUGAAAUAUAUUACAUUAAAUGUUCCUUUAUGUUAUCUUUGCAUUACAAAUUUUAUUUCACAUAUUUAAAUUAUAAAAUCAUUAUUUUUCUUAAUAUUUCAAUGUAGAAGUAAUUAGAGAGUUUAUAAAUAUAUAUUUGGUGUCAUAGAAACCCUAUGUUAUUUUUUGGAGACUUUAGGAAUUGUGUAUAAUAAUAAUGUUGUAGUUAAUACCUUAAACUUUUAAAGCUUUAUCUCAUGCUCAAUAAAAAUUUUGUGCAUCCUGUUGCUGAUUUUGGUUUGUUUCAUUACCUAGACUGAAAUUUCAUGGAAUCUGCGUAUUAAGUAAUGAUAAAUAUGAGUGUACUUCCCCACUUCAUCAAAAAUUUGUUGUUGUUUCAAAACAUAAAAGGAAAUAUGAAACAUUAGGUGUUCCUGCUUGUACUUUAAGUUGAAAUUAUAUUUAAAUCAUUAUUGGUACAUAAUUGCAAAAUAGGUGCUUUUUACGGAAAAUAAAUGUAUGUGAGAAAUGUUGAUGUACUAUGUAUGAGCUUCAUUUUAUACAAACAUAAUGACCUAUUUAUCUGUAGAGUUUAUGCAGUAACUGGAAAAACAGUAUUUCCUGCCAUAUGACACAGAAGUUUUACCUAUCAUUAGUUGUGAGUGUUGAACUUCGUCAUAAAGUCAAAUAGUCCAGGUAUAUUUCUGGUGACAUUGUCUUCUCUAUAUGUUUUCCACAUGGACAGUUAAAGCUGGUACUAAUAUGUGGCACUUUUGUGCAAUUUGAAAAAAAUAUUUUAUAUAAAUGUAACACAACUUAUAAGCAAAGCAUACUUGUGAUUCUUAAAUGACUGUAAAAUGAUGAGCUUUGAACAGGAAGCUUUUGCUCUAAUCCAAAUAGGGGCUAGAGUAACAAAAAUGAUCAACAGUUUGUCAGAGUGCUAGCUAGCCUACCUGAAACAGGAACCUGUACACAUAUAAUUCAAAUUAAGCACAUUGAAUGUUGUUUGUAGAUUAUGAUUAUAUUUAUCCAAUUAGUGUCUUUAUUCUUCCAUUGACUGUGUAUGAGUAGCUUUGGAUGAAGCCAAAAAAAUGGAAAAAAUGUCCUCCAAUUGAACACUUGAUUUCCUAUAUGGUACUAUGUUUUUUGUGCCACAGAAUAUGGCUGUGUUUGUUGUUGUUAGUACUUGCUUCUCAUUUUAGGCAACUAAUAAUUAAUAUAAUAUUUUCGGUUAUAUACGGAACCACAGUAGUCUCCUUAUGUUAUAUGUGGACAACCUUUUAUUAGAUAGUUAGACUGAAUCUGCUAGUUUUCAAAAGUGUACUCCACAAUAAUAUUCUGUUACUUUAUGGAUAUGCUUUCUUUAACAGCAGGGUCAAAUGGACUUGUAAUAUGGAAUGCCAUACUGUGUUAGCUCUACAACAGAUACAUUUCCAUUUGAAGUUCUUAUUAACCAAAGGCAGCACAGGCCUUAUAUUUGGCAAGUGUUGUUAGCACAAACUUUUUUAUUGAAGUUGUAUGUGUUCUUUUUGCAGGUCUUUAUAUAAAUAAUUUUUUUUCCACAUAUGAACCAAAAACUAUGCUUAAUACAACGACAACAGAGGCAGUUGCUGAUUUUAAUGUGUGCUUCUUUUCUUUCACUCGACACAACAAAUGAUGUUAUGCAAAUCAGUUCAACGAGUAAAUAAUUCUUAAGUCAAUUACUAUGAGACUUUGCAUUCGUGUUAACUAUUAAAGUGUGUCCAAAUUUACUUAUGAAAAAAAAACUUUUGUAUAUAAAGGUUUUGGUACAUAGUAGUGUUUAUAAAUUUUUGUCACAAUUAUAUAUUGAACUUUUUGUGUUGUAAUAAUGAACUAACUGUUGAAACUGUAUUCUGUUAUAAAUAAAUCAUUAUUUCCAUACUAUAAGAAGACAACAAUUGCUUAUUUUGUCCAAAGCAACAGAUAUUGACACACUCACUAAUAUCCUCAUUGUCAGCUUGACAAAGGAGCAGACAAUAAAAUUGUGGUUAACACACA